AUUCUUUCAAACCCGUUCCACUUCCCCGUAAGCAGAACCCCACACCGAGGAGAGAGGACCUCGCCAUGGAGACCGCCGCCGCCGCCGCUGCCGCCGCUGCCGCUGCCAUUCCUCUCUUCAUCCCGAGUUCUUUCCUCUUAUCGCGCUUGCCUACACUCACGUCUUUAGUCUCCAAAUCUGUCAUCCCGGGGCCUUUCUUCUCCUCCACUUCUGCUUCCAUUCGAGAGCCUAUUAUCCGAUUAAAAACCCUCAAGACCUGGCGAUUCCCACCUUCGUCGUGUACGUCACCUUACCUGGACCCGGAGCCUUCGCGGAAGCUCGGCCUCCUCAUGGAAGUCGAUGGGGUCCUUGCAGAUGUAUAUCGCCUAGGCAACUGCCAAGCAUUCAAUGUAGCAUUUCAGAAACUUGGGCUUGAUUGUGCAAAUUGGACGGAACCAAUAUUUGCAGAUUUGAAAAGGAAGGCUGCUGGUGAUGAAGAAAGGAUGCUGAUAUUAUUUUUCAACAGGAUUGGCUGGCCAACUUCAUUGCCCACUAAUGAGAAAGAAACAUUCUUGAAAAGUAUAAUGCGGGAAAAGAGGAAAGCUCUAGAAGACUUUGCGAUGUCACGUAGUUUAGCUUUACGGCCUGGAGUUGAAAAGUUUAUUGAUGAGGCAAUUCAAGAAGGUCUACCUCUAGUUUUGCUUACUGCAUAUAGCAAAAAUGGUGAUGAAGUAUGCAGAUCCAUAAUUGAGAAGCUAGGCCAUGAUCGAACAUUGCAAGUAAAAGUAGUAGGAAUGGAUGAAGUGCAACAAAGUUACUAUGGACAGCUUGUUCUUGGUGAAGGAGUCUCAUCUAGUUUGGAUGAGCAGCUUGUUAAAGAAGCACGAAAAGCUGUUUCAAUGGAGAAGCAAAGAGUUGCUGAGGAGGUUGCCUCCAUUCUAAAAUUGAGUGUUGAUAUUGAUACAACCUCAACUGAAAGCACUGAUUUGGUUGUUGCAACAUUACGGGCUGGCGCAGAAUAUGCUGGAUUACCUGUGCAAAGCUGCGUGCUCAUUGCAGGGAGCCAAUCUGGUGUAGUAGGAGCUGAGAGGAUAGGCAUACCCAGUGUGGUUAUUCGAAGCAGUUCCACUGCCCGAGCUGAGUUCCGCAGAGCAAAAGCUGUGAUGGAUGGAUUCGGCGGAGCAGAUCUAACAGUCUCUAAGCUCCUCAGCAAGAGAUUUGCCGAUCCAAGCUAAAGAACCUAACAAAUGGCGCACUUAGUACCAUCAGGUGUAUUCCUAAUGCCCAUUGUAUUAGCUAUUUCCUGUUAGCAAUGUGAGUUCAAAUGCCACUACAGAUUUCGCCAAUUUUAUAAAUUGCAUUCUUAAUGUUGCCUGAACAUUGCACUAUAUAUAGUGAAAAGUAGUCACAGGUUGUUGACAAACUAUGCUUCACUUCCCAAUUAGAUGGCAAAUCUGAUUAAGAGAUCUAUACAAUUACAGCUAUUUGGUCUU